GAACAAUGAACGAGUAUUAGAAUCUACAAUGCAUUUGUUUCCUCUUUCAUUCUUUCUUCGUAAAGAAAUACUCGUUCUUUGUUGGAGAACAGAUACAUAUACUUCUAUCAAACAGAUGCUGAACAAUUCCAUUCUUUCACUCACGCAUAUCUUUUCAACACAACAGAACAUAACAGAAGAAAAACUCGAGUAAGUAAUUGUUCAUAUCAUACUAUCAUAUCUAUACACAUAUUUCAUUACACCGAUCACAACUCUUAUACACUUAUACACUUAUACUAGCGCUGGACGCAUAGAGAUUUUCGUACAAGCAAACAAAAGAAAAGACGAGAAAAGAAAAGAAAAAAUGGGGAAUAGUAAAAAUAAACGUAAGGAUUUCCAUUCUGACAAAGGUGCUAAUAGUUCUAGACCCAGGCUCAAUAGUAAGAAUGUCGGAAACAGAGGAGGUAAAGGAAGAACCAACAAUGACACAAAUGGCGAACAGCAAAAUAAAGGUCGAGUCCCACAAGAUUUCUCGGAAUGUCGUAUUUGCGAACGCAAAGGCCAUUGGGAAUCGGAUUGUCGUAAGAAUCCUGCGGGAGAGGGGAAGAGAGGAAGAGAUUUACCCGGGUGUAGAGAGUGUGGCGGGGACCAUUGGGAAGAUCGGUGUCGGAAUUGGAAAUUGAAAAUGGGUGGGAAGAAGGGGAAUAAUAAUAACAAUUCCAACGGUAAUGGUAAUGCACAAGAAGAAACCUCCGACUCGAAUUCACGCUCCUCCGCGCAUUCUGCAGAAUUUCUCGCCCCGUCGGGUGAAGAUAUCACUCGCUUUUUCCCAGGCGCCAAAUAUCCGAAUCGUCCGUGUAGGAAAUGCAAUCGCGCGGGUCAUUGGAAUAAUGCGUGUGAGAAGGAUGGGUUUCAUCCUGUUGCGAAUCCGAACCCGAUGGGGGCGAGAAAAGUGCGGUUUUUGGAUGGUCGGAGUUCGGGUCAGAUUGAUGAGGUGUUUAAUCUGUAUCGUUCGCCUCCGGGGACGAGGAGUAUGGGGGGUGGUGGAUAUAGGCAGGGGCUUGGUGAUGGGGAUGUGGAUAUGGAUGGGGAUGUGGAUAUGGAUGGGGAUGGGGAUGGGGAUGUGGAUAUGGAUAUGGAUAUGGAUAUGGAUAUGGAUAUGGAGAUGGAGAUGCAGUAUGAGCAUACCGAUUAUCCAACUCCAAACCCAAAUCAGAACCAACCCCAAGCUCAAACCCCACUCCCCUCACACCUCAACCCCGCCACCAGUACCCCCGACUAUCUCCCCUCCCCAUCCCACACCCAACCCUAUCUCACUCAUCCCUCACGUCCAAACCCCGAUCAUCCCUCUCACCCCGACUCCUCCAUCUACCAAGCCCGCUACCGCUCAUCCCCCUGCCCCCUCUGUCAAUCCCACGGCCACAAACCCCACGACUGCAUCACCUACCGCUGGCUCCUCCCUCGCAGCCACGCCGAAUGGCGUCCGCACCCCCAUCUCCGCCACUCCUCAAACACGGUAGAUCCGCGUCCCGAUGCCUACUGGACCGGCGACCCGCUGCGGAUUCCAGGGAAAAAUACGUAUAUCUGGCCGCAUUGCGCGAAUAGGCAUAGAGGUAGGAUGUGGGGAGAAAACGAGGAGGAUGGCCACGAGAGAGAUGUCUGGCUGGGGGAGGAUGAUAGGGAGGGGAGACGGGGGGAUUGGCGCCGGGCGCCCGGGGGGAUGGGUGGGGAGGAAAAUGCGGGCAUGUGUAGGGUUGAUUGGGAGGGGGAUGUGGAGAUGUUGGAUAUUUUGGAUUGGGAGGGGAGGAGGAGGAGGGGGAGAGAGUGGUGGAAUCGGGAAUUGGAGAGGGGAAGGGGGGAGUAGAGGGAUGGGCUGGGGUGGGGUUGUUUUGUAGGUUUGUUUGUUUUUCUUCUUUCUCUUCAUUUUUUUUUUCCGGUUAAUGCAGCGAGUGAGUGGUGUAGAGAGAGGUAUAUAGAUUUAAAGAGAUAGGUAAGAUGUUUUUUUUUUUCUUCUUUUCGUUUCCAUAACUCGAACUCGAACUCUUGUUCUUUCAUCAUUUCUCUUCUUCUUUAUAUAUCAUAUCAUAUAAUACAAUCUGAAAUAAUUAAUAAUUCUCUAUAUA